ACGUAAACUAUCCGCUCGUGACUUUCUUGGCUGAUAAUCGCCAGCCAUUUUACUUGUCCUUUUCGAGUGUUCCAAAUGAGAUCACGUCAGAGUGCCCCCGAGUGAAUGUCGGAGUUCUGUGUGUAAUCGUGUUAAACUCGUGUUGUUGAUGUUAUAGUACAUAGCAAAAACCCUAGAUCUCUAGCCGCAGCAACUCAAAAUGAAGUACCACCACCUAGUGCUGUUGUGUGUCGCUUUAAUCUCGAUAUUUUGCACGAAAAGCGCCUACUCCAAGGUUACCGUAUUAAACAAAUCCGGAGAUCCUGUGAAGACGACAGUACAUUUUACGGUCAAGAAGAGUCUGCAGUUGAAAUGCGAAUCAGACGAAACUGGAAAUGUCGUAUGGGAAAAAGGCGGUAAAUCCGUCGAGACGCUGAACGAGUUGAAGGGCCGCUUCGAAUUAAAGGAUAAUAAGACGGUGUUCACCAUCAACAAUUUGAAGGAUUCCGACGUGGGGAAUUACACGUGUGCCGUGUACAGCAACGGUAAUAAAAUCUCCGAAUACACCGUCUCCCUGCACACGGCCACCAGCUCCAAAUGGGGCGUGAGGGUCAGCAAGAACUCCAACGUCGUCGAAGGCGAGAAACUCACCAUCAAGUGCGAAAUCAGGGGCGAACUCACGCUCAGCUGGUUCUACAAGAACACCACCAGUGGUGACAACUAUACCACGUUACCGGGCGAAAAUGGACGAGUCAAAUUGAAGGAUUACUACGACGAAGAAAGAAAAGUGAAUGUGACUGGGGGGCUGUUAAUAAUCGAUGAAGUUGAUAUGGGCGACAGAGGUGAAUACAUUUGUAUAGGAAAAUCGGCUGAUGGCCAAAUGUUCAACAUGACGAGUACAGUCCGCAUUAAAGAUAAAUAUGCGGCGUUGUGGCCAUUUUUGGGUAUCUGUGCCGAAGUGUUCGUCCUUUGUGCCAUUAUAUUUAUAUACGAAAAGAAACGUAACAAAACGGAAUUGGAGGAGAGCGACACUGAUCAGAGCCCCGAACAGAAAAACACCCCCGACCACGGUAAAGAGUCGAACUUGAGGCACAGACAGUGAAUCAUCCAUCAAUCCAUCUUGUUACCAUUACCACACGUAAAAUUAAAACCAAGUUUAGAAGUUCAAGUUAUAGUUACAUUCGUCAUGUGUAUUAUUGAAGACUAUUUAACUAACAAGUUGUCCGAGAUCGCACUGUACAAAGUAACGUUUAAGGUUAUUGUUGAAGCCUUCGUUUUCUCGGACGGGUGUUGCUUUGAGUACAGUCUUUUUUAAUUGUUGUUUUCCGCGAUACGGUUCCGUUCAGGUACUUACCUUUUCCAAUCUCUAGUACUUAAUGUAGAUAUUGUAAAAUUGUUAUGACGCAAUCGAAAGAGGCUGUAAUCCAACCGCAAAACCAUCAUCCCAUUGUACAUAAAUAAAUUAAGAAAUUGUAUCCUGUUUAUAUGUAUUGUUAAAUGAAAUUGUGUUUAAACAUAUGGACUGUUGUUUUUUCUUUACGUUUUCUUGUGAUACUUUCGAUUGUCAAGUGCUUAACGAUCCAAAGGCGGCGUCUUGUUAUCUUUCUUCAGAUUUUAGUUUGGCGAGAUUGUAGUUAUUAAAAAAUUAAAGAGUAUCAAUGUGGUCUUCAUGUCAUCGGUACUAAUAGAUUCGAGUAGGCUGCUUGGAUUUCACCGCUCAGUGCUAAUAGUGGAAGAAAUUUUGUUUCGACCAAGAUGGUGCCCACCUGUCCCGGGCGCCAUUUCUCGAUGUGAACCAUUUAACUCUUCUCUAGUUGACUUAUUAAUAAAUUUUAAGCAUAAACUAUAUUAGAAUAUAAAAAUUAUGAUGACUUAAAAAUAACGCAGAGCAGAUUUAUUUUUUACUUAUUCUAGAGUUAUCUUUAAGUCAUUGCCUAGGUUUAGACGUUCCAUUCAUCCGAGGUGAGACUCGAACGGCCACUCCUUCAUUUACUCAACUCGAUUAGUUAGCUCUGCCCAUAGCAACGACGGCACUUCGAGUGGCACCUCACCGUAAAAGCAAACAUAAAUCAACUAGCAUUCGCAAUUAGAGUAAAAUAUUGGUGCUUGCACAAACAAAACAUCGGACAGGACUCACUCUGUCACCGCGUUCAUUAAAUAUUUAGGCUGCUGCUGAUUUUUCUCUAACUUACUGUAAUCAUUUCGUACCAUUUUAUUGUUUUCAUGUAACAGUCGAUCAUUCUUCCCUAUUUUUACUUAUGACAUACCAUUUUUAAAAAAAGGUAAUCACAGAUUAUUAUGUUGAAAUAAACUUUAAAUAAAAUUUUAUUCGUU